GCAUGGGUCGGCCACCUGUGGUCUGCCUAGCAACGCUAAUGCAUGCAGUAGUGAAUGAGCCACGCGCCCAGAGAUACCAUACAAGUUGCGCAAACAUUGCAAGGUGUAAGGAACCGACAUAAUCCGCUAAGUAUGGCAGCUAACUGUGGGUGAUGACAGCCAAUAGAAAAGUAAACUAAAACUCUAAUAACACAGGCAGAUAGAGAGAAAGUUUUAUGUGAACCAAGAACGUACGACUGAUGAUUCCUGAGAUGGCAAACAGUGGAUCUCUCAAGUUGGAACACGACAUAACUCCUACAGACAUGCCUCAGCUUGGAGUCCUAGAUGGAACCCAACCACCCACUAACCAACAGCAUCGAUUCCAGGGUUUCCCAGCUGGACAUUUCUCUGACGUCCGCAAACCCAUCACAGGAUUUAUAGAUUAUAACAGUCAGCCAUUUGACAACUUUCGGAAGAAUCAGCACUUUGUUAAAGGAUUACCGCCGGGGCUACGUGCUGAAAUCCCAACACACCCUACAAAGUUAACUGAUACUGAAGAUGAACGAACCAAUGAGAGGCAACCAGUGGAGAAAGCAAACAAUGGAAUUCAGUAUGGUUCAGAUGGUUUGCCUUUGAAUCGAUCAGCACCAACACCGAGGAAAACAGUCUUUCUGCUUGAAGACAGAACGUCAGCCGAGGAAAAAAAGAGAGUGAGGCAGAAGCGAGAAGCUGAUUGGGACAUUUCCCAGUCAAAACAGUGGAAAGAAAUGACCUACCAACAAGUUCAAGAAGAAAAGCGAAAGGAUCUUCAGAUGUUGAAAGAUUACAGACCUUGGGGAAGACCUGGAGGAGGUGCUCCUACCAACUCAGAACUGAAUUUCCGAAGAACUAGGAAUAUGGAAGAUUCUGUCCUUGGAAAUAAAGGAGAACUUCUGCUACAGUAUCCAGCCUUUGGCCAGCAAGGUCACGGUGCUCCUUUGAGGACUGACUCUGGUUCACUAAAGACAAGCUUCCGAGCCAAUCAUGACAUUCGCUUCCAACAUGGUAUGAAGAACAUGCAACAGAAUGUCCAUAAUAAACUACGGUAUACGCAGCCUCGUAGGAAAGGAGAAGAAUACAUCAAUGACUUAGGGAAUUUAGCGCUGGAACAAAGAACUCGGAGAGAAAUUGAGAAGCACAGAGAACUUGAAGAGGAAAAAAAUACGUGGAAGUAUGAUCCUUAUGGCAAGUCAGGUGGAGGUGCACCAAUUAAAACAGAUUCAGGAAGAGCCUUGGCUGGACGACAACGUACUCUGGUGAAGGAUAGCUAUGAAUUAAGAGAAGUUGAACAGAAACAAGAACAUGGAGUAUUUUGUAAGAUCCAACACUUUUUGUUUGUUAUUGUCCUGCUACUGAUAGGUUCUGGGACUGGAAAGCCAACAGAUGUUGAAGGCUAUAACCCAUGGGGUAAAGGGAGCGGAGUGCCAGAGAGAGAUGAAGCUGGCAAUGUCAGACGAUACAAAUGGACAGACGGGAAUAAUGUGCCUGAAUUUGUGGAUCCUAACGUUAAGGGUGUUUCCUUGGAGACAAACCCUAUUGGAGGCGGGGGACACAGAGUGGAUGCUAAAGGAGAAAAGAUGACCAGGUUACCGCAGACCCUUGUCCAUGACCAAAACUCUGGAGGACCAUUGAGAGAUUCCCAUCGGCAUGCAGAGCCUCUGGCUCGUGACCCUUCAGAUGUACCCCGGCAACCAGGGGAAUACAAUCCAUGGGGCAGACCAGGAAAUGGUGCCCCCAUCAUUGAUGAAGGAGGUAACAUCAUUGCCAUGAAUCGAGGCAAAGCUGAACAAGAUAAGAUGGGCCUUAAACCACCAAAACCUGAGGAACAGAUGGCCAAGAAAGAAUAUCUUAACCAACUAAAGAAAGAGAUUGAAGACCAGCAUCAUCAGCGUGAUAUAGAGACGGAGGAGAUCCGCAAACCUGCCACAGAAGUUGCUGAUUGGAUACGCACUAAGGAGAUUGGUUAUCCCAAGAGAGAUCCAGUGACAAGAGCCAUACUGCCAGUACAUUACAAACAGACAUCUGAUGUUACUGCUCAAAGAAUGGAUAUCCGUCGACCGAUUGGUAAUCAAUUGGAAUAUCAGAGUGACUUGGAACGUCAAGCUCAAGAGAGAUACCAGGCUCAUCAGGCUAAGAAACAAGAGUCUAGAGAUCUCUCAGCACAUCAUCAUGAGAACUUUAACCGUCUGUGGGGUCGUCCAGGGCAUGGUGCCCCAGUUGAUGAUAUUGACCAUAAACGUCACACUCUAGACACGGAGAAAGGCAAGCAGGAUGACCUUUCCCUACAACCACCCUGGAACCAACCUCAUGGUACUAAGCUCGUCAAGAAACCCUGGGCUCGUACUACAGCCCUGGAGAAUCGAUUUAAGCCAGACUCUGAGCAGAACCUGGCCCGGGAAGAGUAUUGUGUCCGAGCUCCCUGGGCUUCCCUCUAGCUCAUCGCCUCAGAUCCAGUCAGUUUUUCCUUCAUAACCAAAGAAUUCUAACAAUAUAUUGUAUUCUUGGGAAAAAUCCCAUCAAUUCCGGUCGGCAUUAUCCGUCCAUUAACUGCACAAGUUUGAAUGUCUACUUUAUGCACAAAAUGUAUUGCUAUAUAGUUGCAUUUAUCAUUUUAUUUUACUUUACAAAUUGUCAAGUUACCCCACCUGCUACGUUUUCACAUCAUGUGUCAUGCUAAAUUUAUCAUAGCACCUGCUACGUUUUCACAUCAUGUGUCACGCUAAAUUUGUCAUAGUCCUAUAUUUUUAGGUUUUGUACAGUUUCUUGAUCUGAUUUGGAGGCCUACUUUCUCUUUAAAGUUAUUUACAUGUAUGUGUUACUAUUGUAAACUGCAAUUUAUAUAUGAUGAUGUAAAAACUUAUAUUUUAUGGUAAGAAACAUUUGGAAAAGCAUAACACCGAAGCACCAUGAUGAAAACAUUUUAAAAGAUUGUUGUAACUGUCCAAAAUCCACUGGCAAGUGUAAAGAAUGUGAUGCCUCAGAAAUUCUAACAAUAAUGUAACAGUUGCCAAAUGAUUGUGUGAAAAUUAUCUAACAUCAAAGAUGGAUACACUUAAAAGAAUCAAAUCACAGUAUUGACUGUUCUUGGAAUCUCAGGGCAUUUGUACAGUGUAUACGUUGAGUGAACUUUGAAGAUUUGUUUCUGUAAUAACUAAAUUUUAAACGCAAGGUUUCGGGAAAUAGGAUAUCUUGUGGAAAUAUUUCAUUUAUUUGUGGUUGAUGGUGAGUUAUGCCAUCAAGUUUUGUCUUUGCAUGAAAUUUGUUUGUUUUUCAAUUUUUGUAAAGCAGAUAUCUAUGGGGCAAUAUCUGAGAGGCUUAUGUGCAUGAAUAAAGUAACUUUUUUGUAACAUUUUGUUGAAGUUUAUGUCGUCUUGCCAGCCAUGUUCAGUUCAGUGUUUGAAAUACAUUGAAGUUUUGUUUCACAUCUUCCAUUACCGUUUUAUUUUGUCUGAUGCUGUAGGUCUUCGCUUUGUAAACAUUUACAGAGUAAUCCAUUUGCAACUGAAAUUGCCUCUGGGAGGUACUCUAGUCUUGCACCCUUUCAAGUUAUCUUUACAGUGGCUUGUUUUUUUUAAUUGAAUGCUGACAUUGCUAUGAGUCAGACCUGUACAGAUGGAUGUGCCUAUGAUAUCUAAGCUGAAGUUUACAAGUGUAUCAGUUUUCCUUAUGAAAUUAAUUUGCUUACAUUUUACUAUUUUCAGAUAUAGAUCAGUGUAACUUUUUUACCUCCCAAUUUUUCACAUCCGUUUUAUCAACAUUUUGAUUCUUUUCUAAUAUGAACAUAUUAAUAAGGCUGAUAUUUCAUUUUGGUUGAUGUGUAAUAAAUUUCAUAUUAUUGCAAAAGAAGUAUUUUUGCGAGUUAGAUUUAUGUUACUGCUGAGAAGUUUAUCCGACCAUGGUGUCCCUGUGCUUACGUUUUUGUUACUGAUGCAAACGUAAUCAUUUUGGCAAAAUGCCAGUUCCCAAAUUCAGGAUAAAACAUACACUGCCCAAAUGAAAGCUGUAGACAAUGCAAUAAACAUCCUUUGUCAAGCCAGCUUGAAAUAAAUGCUUCUUGAAGCUUUGUGUGGUGGGUUGUAAACAGACGUGUGGGUUUAUCGCGAAAUUGCUCUCUUGCAAGGAAGUGACAUGGAGAGCUCUCAUUUCAAAGUGUGCUUGGUUCAUCUGCUGGAGAUAAAGAUGCAUAUUCCAGGGUUUGGUAUGCUCAUUGUAAAACAAAAUUUUGUUCCCUUAUCAAUUUUGGAACAGUAUUUAAUAGUUUACCUAUUUCUACUCGCCUGAUUUUGAAUUUGAUAUGUUUCCAAUUUGCAUUAAUAAUGAAUCCGCCAU